AUGGCGGUGUCAAUUUUCAGACCGACCCGAAGCUGCCCCUCAACUUGGCGACGACACUUCUCAGCCUCGGCUGCCCGAUGCAUAAAUGCCUAUGAUAGCACAAUCUCGAAUCUGAGACUAGAUAAAAACACGGCUGUAGUAUAUCAAGGGUUUACAGGGAAAGCGGCGACUGCAAACGCCAAAGAUACUAUUGCAUAUGGCACUCGUAUAGUGGGAGGCAUAUCACCUGGCAAGGGAGGUUCGACGCACCUUGAUUUACCGGUCUUCAAUACCGUCGAGGAGGCCAUGAAAACGGUCCGACCUCAUUGUCGAGUUGGCAUCAUGCCGUAUAAGCAGUAUCAGAGAGGCUGUAUAGGCAUUGUGUCCAAGUCGGGGACUUUGAGCUACGAGGCUGUGGGUGCAACGUCCGCAGUUGGACUGGGACAGAGCAUAGUGCUAGGUAUGGGAGGUGAUUUACUUCCAGGUACCACCUUAGCAGAUGGCCUUCGACUCUUUUUUGAGGAUGAAGAGACGAAAGGCAUCAUCGUAAUAGGUGAAAUUGGUGGAGAAGCCGAACUUAGAGCCGCUGAGCUGAUCCGAGAAUAUCGACAAUCAACUCCUCGCCCCAAGCCAAUUGUAGCAAUGGUAGCCGGGAGGAUGGCUCCACUGGGAAGGAUCAUGGGUCAUGCGGGUGCUGUGCUCACCCCCCGGGAUGUACCUGCGGAUAUCAAAGCAAAGGCACUUGAGGAUGCUGGUGCAGUGGUAGUCCCGCAUCCAGGGGUUAUGGGAGUUACGAUGAAGCGGCUGCUUGAGGUAGAUAGUAUAAAGAAAUAG